GCUGCGGGGUGGUGGUCCGAACCGCUUAGAGAAGCAGCCACUGAAAGUUGAAACCAGAUCUCUCCAAGCUUUAGCUCUACAACCAACGUUACCUUUCCUGUUUUUUUAUGCUUGUUUGUAUUUAAAAGUUCUUUAAAUUUUAAAUCAGCAUUAAAAUCCGUUUUCAUCCCCAAAAUGACUGGUGGCCCACUGACGGGGUUGCUGGUUGCGUUGUGCAUAAGUAGCGCAGUCCACUGCGCGCCGAAGAAGAACAAAAGACAAACGGGUCAGUAUCAGGUGUAUCCAGAACUGCAUGACGCAGCUGCUCUUACUCCAGCCAGCUGUGAGGAGAAUGGCAAAUCUUACAGACUGAACCAACAGUGGGAGAAACCCUACCUUGGAAGUACAUUAGUUUGCACCUGCAAUGGAGCAGCAGGCAUCAACUGUAAAACAAAGCAUGAAGCGGUCCAGACCUGUUAUGAUAAGGACAAUGCCCGCACAUACCAGGUUGGAGAAAGCUACGAGAGACCAAAAGACGGGUUUAUGUGGGACUGCACCUGUGUUGGCUCUGGCAAAAUCAGCUGUACCAUAGCAUAUCGAUGCCAUGAUAGUGGGAGGUCUUAUAAAAUUGGGGAAACUUGGCAGAAGCCUCAUGAGAGCGGUGAAUACAUGCUAGAGUGUGUUUGCCUUGGCAACAACAAGGGAGAAUGGACAUGCAAACCUGUGGCUGAAAAAUGCUUUGAUAGCUAUGCUGCAUCAUCGUUUCUGGUUGGAGAGACAUGGGAGAGACCAUACCAAGGCUGGAUGAUGCUGGACUGCACUUGCCUGGGAGAAGGAAAUGGACGUAUCAGUUGUACCUCAAGGAACCGUUGUAACGACCUUCAGACUAGGAGGUCCUACCGAAUUGGAGACACCUGGACGAAGACUGACACCAGGGGAAACGCUAUGCAGUGCGUGUGCUUGGGAAACGGGAGGGGGGAAUCGAAUUGUCAAGGACACAGGACAGACCGAGGCACAGGUGGAGUUGUAACCCAGACUCUGCUGCAUCAUCAUGUGCCCACCUCCCAGGGAACCUGCCGCACAGACUCCGGUGGCUCAUACGUUGAUGGACAUCGCUGGAUCACGAGCCAGGGCAGCAAACAGAUGUUGUGUACAUGUCUGGGAAAUGGAGCCAGCUGUCAGGAGUGGGAGGUCAGGAACCAGGCGUAUGGUGGUAACUCUAAUGGCCAGCCGUGUGUUUUCCCGUUUGUCUUCAUGGGAAAGACAUACUACUCUUGCACUUCAGAUGGCCGCACUGAUGGGCAGCUCUGGUGCUCCACAACAUCAGACUAUGAAAGAGACCAGCAGUAUUCCUUCUGUACUGAACAAUUUGCCAUCGUAGUGACACAGGGUGGGAACUCCAAUGGUGCCCUCUGCCACUUCCCGUAUCUCUACAGUGGUCGCAACUACACAGACUGCACCACAGAUGGCCGCCGUGACAGCAUGAGGUGGUGUGGUACCACCUACAACUAUGAUGCGGACCAACGUUUUGGAUUUUGCCCCAUGGCUGCCCAUGAGGAGGUAUGUACCACCAAUGAUGGAGUAAUGCACCGCGUUGGAGACAAAUGGGACAAACGUCAUGAUGUCAUGGGUCACAUGAUGGAGUGCACUUGCCUGGGAAACGGCCGUGGGGAGUGGAACUGCGUUGCCCACUCAAAGCUGCGAGAUAACUGUAUUGUUGAUGGCUUGACCUAUGAAGUCAACCAGCAGUUCUCUAAGCGCCACAAUGAGGGACACAUAAUGAACUGCACCUGCUUUGGACAGGGACGUGGAUACUGGAAGUGUGAUCCUAUAGAUCAGUGUAGGGACCCACAAAACAAUGCAAUCUAUCAGAUUGGAGAGCAGUGGGACAAAGUAAUCAAUAGCUACCACUACAGAUGCACUUGCAAUGGCAAUGGAAGAAGAGAAAUGGGAUGUGAACCACUGCAGACUUACCCAGGCGGCUCCAGGCCCGUCCAGGUGCUUUUAACAGAAGCAGGAAACAAGCCAGACUCCCACCCCAUUCAGUGGAACGCUCCACCAUCUGCUCAUGUUUCCAAGUACAUCCUCAAAUGGAGACUUAAAAACAGCCACAGUGCAUGGAAGGAGGUCACCAUGCCUGGCCACCUUACCUCCUACACCAUCAGUGGGUUGCGUCCAGGUGUGACCUACGAGGGUCAGCUGAUCAGCAUUAUGCACUAUGGACCACGUGAGAUCACGCGCUUUGAUUUCACAACCUCCUAUGGCUCCUUGCAGACAUGGGAGGGAGAAACCACCCCACCUCUGCCAGUGGUGGACAUGUCUGAGUCAGUAACAGAGAUCACCUCAAACAGCUUUGUGGUGUCAUGGACCUCGGCUUCUUCUACCAUCUCCGGCUUCAGGUUGGAGUAUGAGCUCAUCGAGGAGGGGGCUAAACCAAAGUACUUGGAUGUUCCUCUCACCACCACGUCUGUCACCAUCACCGAUCUUCAGCCUGGCCGCAGAUAUAACGUCAGUGUGUAUGAGAUGCCCGAGGGAGACGGACAGCCAAACCUCAUCCUGACCACCUCACAGACUACUGCUCCUGAUACACCCACACUGCAUCCUGUGGAUGAGGUCACAGAAACCUCCAUCCGCAUCAGCUGGAGCAGACCUCAGGCUCCUAUUACUGGUUACCGCCUGGUUUACACACCAUCAGAGGAAGGCAGCAGCACCGAGCUCAUCCUUCCUGACACAGAGACUUCAGUGACGCUGGUGGACCUUAGUCCUGGACUCCUCUACAACAUCAGCAUCUAUGCUGUGGAGGACAACCUGGAGAGUGAGCCUGUUUCUGUGCGAGUCAAUACUGCUGGAUCCCCAAGACGAGAACAGGUCUCAGCUCCAACCGACCUGCAGUUCUACGAGGUUUCAGAUACCAGGAUCAGCAUUACCUGGGCAGGUCCACCCACCGAGGUUACCAGUUACAGGGUGGUCUUCUCACCAAUGGGCCAGGAUGGCACCGAGCUGCGGCCCCUUCACCUGCCCGGCUCCCCCAACGCAUACGCCGAAAUCACCCACCUGCAGCCCGGCACACUCUACCGCUUCUACAUCUACGCCAUCAGAGGCGACGCUGAGAGCCAGCCACUUGUGGGAGAAAAAUCUACCAAACCUGACGCACCCACAAACGUACAUUUCACUGACAUUGGACAUGACAGCGCUGUGGUCGUCUGGGAGGCACCGCGUGCCGUUGUUACUGGUUUCCGCCUCCUCCUGAGCAUUGAGGGCUCCAACCCUGUCGAGAGGAGGAUCCCCGGAGUGGUCUCACAGUUCCCUCUAAAGAAUUUGCGCCCAGACACACAGUACACAGCAGAGCUGUACUCUGUGCAGAAUAAUGUGCCGAGCGAGGGCAUCACUACAUAUUUUACUACUGCUCCUCGGAUGGGAAACGCUCCUCCUUUCAGCACAGAGAUCACAGACACCUCCAUCAUUAUUACCUGGAUACCUGUCCGCAGAUUCAGCUACAAGCUUUCUGUGCUCCCCAGUGAGGAAGGCGAGUCUCCUAGAGAGGAGACCUCUGACUCUGGGCGUAUUGACAUUGGUGGUCUGAUCCCAGGAACUCAGUACACCUACAGCAUUCAGCCCAUUUUCAACGGCCGCAACCGUGGAAACCCCAUCACCCGCAACGUUGUAACCAGUUUGUCUCCUCCCACUGACCUCAGAGUGGUGUCCAACCCCCACACAGGAGAUCUAACCGUCUACUGGGUAGCCUCCAGAACACCAGGGAUCUCUGGCUACAGAGUAACAAGCACGCCAACCAGUGGCCACAGAGGGAAGUUUUUAGAGGAGUUUGUUGCAUCGAAUCAGAACACGUGCCUUCUAGAGAACCUCAAUCUGGGUGUGGAGUACAACAUCAGCGUGUUCACUCUCAAGGGCGAAGUGGAGAGCGUACCAGUGUCCACUGUGAUCACCCCAGAAAUCCCCACCCCAACUCACAUUGACUUUGUCGAUAUUACUGACACCACCAUUGGCCUGCGCUGGAUCCCUCUAAACUUUACCGCCAUCACUGCUUACCGAAUAACGGUAGUAACCUUAGGCGAGAGCGUGCCCAUCUUCCAAGAUAUGGUGGAGGCGUCUGCCGGUUACUACGUGAUUCAAGGCUUGGAGCCCGGCGUGGACUAUCACAUCAGUAUCGUCACUGUUACAGAGGAGGGAGAGAGCAAGUCGACCACAUACACAAAGCAAACACAAGCUGCUGUGCCAGCUCCAACUAACUUACAGUUUGGAGGUGUGGGUCCAGACCACAUCCGAGUGACGUGGGCCAUCCCCAACAUAGCCACUCCGAGUGAAAUAUCUCGUUUCGUAAUUCGCUACCACCCCGUGAACCUGGACGAUGACAUCAAGGAAGUCAAUGUUGGUGGUGCCACUAAUACCUUCCUGUUGCAGAACCUGCAGCCUAACACAGAGUAUCGUAUCAGUGUUGUCUGCGUCUACGGUGAACGAGAGAGUGAACCAGCUACAGGGACUCUGAGAACAACUCUGGACUCACCGACUGACCUGCAGUUCACCAACAUUCGGACCAACUCCUUCACUGCUCACUGGCAGGCUCCACUGUCCCACUUCACCGGUUAUCGAAUCCGCUACCAGAAGACAAGUGGUGGGCGAGCCAAGGACGAGAGGCUACCCCCAACCAGGAACCAUUACACUUUGACCGGACUGGAACCCGAGGCUGAGUACAUGAUAUAUGUGUACGCUGUCAGCAACAGUCUGGACAGUCAGCCUCUGACUGGAACGCAAGCCACCAUCUCCGAUGCACCCACUGAUCUUGAGGUAGCGUCAUCCACACUUAACAGCAUCACCAUCCGUUGGGACGCCCCCUCUGUUGAAGUAAAGAACUACAGGAUCACCUAUGGAAGCACAAGUGGUGAAUCUCCUCAGGAGUUCACAAUCCCAGGCAGCCAGACCUCUGCCACCAUCACUGGGCUGCAGCCAGGCACUGACUACAUCAUCACUGUUUAUUCUGUUACUGCACGAGGAGACAGCCCUGCCUCCAACAGACCUGUCUACAUAACACACAGAACUGAUACCGAGCCUCCCAUUGAUAUGAGGGUCACCGAUGUGACUGACAACGGCAUUAAAGUGCUCUGGUCUCCAGCUCAGAGUGCAGUCAAAGGCUACAGAGUCACAGUUGUCCCCAAGAAUGGUUUGGGACCUUCCUACUCUGAAGUAGUGGCUCCUCAUUUGACAGAAAGGAGUUUCACAGGUCUGAUGCCCACUAUUGAGUAUGUUGUGAGCGUUAAUGCCUUGGGCAGUAGUGGACAACCCUCUUCCCCUGUGGUAGAGAAUAUUGUCACUGCCAUGGACCAUCCCAAGGAUCUGAUCUUCUCUGACAUCGACUCCACCUCCAUGCGCAUCACGUGGGACAGCCCUGACGGCACUGUGACGUCUUACCGCGUCUUGUACUCCAGCUCCGAGGAGGGCGAGAGAGAACUACGCCCAGCCCCUCAAGGUGAUCAGGACAGCGCUGUGCUUAGAGGUCUUCGUCCCGGGACUGAGUAUACCGUGAAGGUCAUCGCCCUGAACAACCGGACUCCUAGCACACCAUUAGUGGGAACCCAAGCAACAGUAAUCCCUGCGCCGACUAACAUGGUGGUCUCAGAUGUCGGCCCGUCUGUCUUCACGAUUUCUUGGCGGGCUCCAAAUGCCGACUUGACAGGCUAUCGUGUGGUCGUCUCCACCAAGAACAUUAACAGCCCCCGCAAAGAAAUGAACGUUGCUCCAGAUACCACUCGUGUUGUUGUACCAGGGCUUAUGGUUGCAACGACAUAUCAGAUACAGGUCUACGCCUUGAAGAACUCUGUCACCAGCAGACCACUGGAAGGAGAGACAACCACACAGGAAGAGAUUAGUGCUCCUCGCCGUGUGCGCAUUUCUGAUGUGAAGGAUACCUCUUUAACUCUGUCCUGGCGCUCCAAGAUGGAGACAAUCACUGGUUUCCUCCUCGAAGCUACGCCUAUGAGUGGUUCUCAUGACACCAUCAGAAGGACCAUCCCAGAAGAUACAACCACCUACACUUUGAGCGGUCUGCAGCCUGGCACUUUGUACUCUAUUAACUUGUACACACUGAAUGGAAACACAAGGAGUGCUCCGUUUACUCUCAGGGCUGAAACAGUUAAACCUGUGGUCCAGGCUCCCACUGGCCUCUGGUUUACAGCUUUGACCCCCACCUCUAUCUCCUUCAACUGGCAGCCACCUCCCACACAAAUCACAGGAUACUACAUCACCUACGAGGAGACCGGAAGUGGCCCACGGGAACUCAACCCACAACCCCACGCUGGCCAAAACUACGCCACCAUAACUGGUCUGAGACCAGCCACAGAAUAUAUCAUCAAAAUCAUUGCCAUCAAGAACACAGAGGAGAGCCAGCCUCUUGUGGAAAAGAUUAGGACUCAGCAAGACUCCAUGCUUCCCCUGCCUCUGCCCCCAACAUACCGCCCCGGGGUUACUGACAAGCUGGAUGUGCCUGAAACUGACUUAGACAACCUAGUCCAGUUGGCAGGAGCCAACCAAGAUGUAGAUGGGGGUCAGAGCCAGCAUGUGGAGUACACAGAGUUUAACAACAAUGGAGGCAACCCACAGUCUCCCAGUGAGCAAGUCCGUGAGCCCCUGAUCUUUGUUCCCCUCCCUGAUGCAGAGGGCCGUAGACAGCCUGUUGUGAAGCUCAAAGUUCCCAUUGGAUCCUCACUUUUUCACGAGACAGGAGUUCCACAAGAAGCCCAGACUCAAACCAGUAUCUCCUGGAAGCCUUAUAGGCAGAGCAAUGCCUACCUGCUGUCCUGUAAUCCCCUCACAAACAGAAAUGAGAAAAUGUUCCAGGCCCGGCUGCCGGGCACAGCCACCACUGCUACCCUGAUAGGACUCACCCCAGGAGCAAACUAUAAUGUGAUUGUGGAGGCACUGUUAGGAGCACUCAAACACAAGAUUCUGGAGCAGGUCGUCACAGCUGGAAACACAAUACCGAGUGGAGUUCCCACCACCAAAGACCCAUGUUACGAUGCCUUCACUGCCACCUACCAUGAUAUCGGUGAUGAAUGGGAGCGCAUGUCCGAGACAGGUUUCAAGCUGUGGUGCCGGUGCCUGGGUGGCGGCCACUUCAGAUGUGAUUCAUCCAAAUGGUGUCAUGACAACGGCGUCAAUUAUCGCAAUGGAGAGCAGUGGGAUCGCCGCGCUGAGAAUGGACACUUGAUGAGCUGCACUUGCUUGGGAAAAGGCAAAGGAGAAUUUAAGUGUGAACCACAUGCGUCAGUGUGUUAUGAUGCUGGCAAAACCUACCAGGUGGGCAGCGAGUGGCAGAAGGAGUACUUGGGCAAAAUCUGUACCUGCACUUGCUAUGGAGGACAACAGGGAUGGCAGUGUCAGAACUGCCACACACCAGGUGCUGAUGCUGAUACCAGCCUGUUGCAGUCUGUGAGAUAUGGAGAAAACACGCUUCGAAAAAAUAUCCAUUGCCCCAUUGAGUGCCUCCGACCUGAACUGCUAGCGGAUGGAAUUGCUCCUCAAAAUUCUCAGAAAUAAAUGCUCGUUGGGUCGCAUGACUCCUGCUUUCGCUCCGUCACCGCCUCAGUUGCUGCACUGUCUUACCUUCUAGAAGCCAUGGUAUUAGUGUGACUGCAUUAUCACUUUUUCUGUUACGUUCAUGUAGUUUACUGCCCUGCUGUCUGAUCAGUCCAGAUCUUUCUCAAGCCAGUCAGUUCAGUGUUAAAAACACCUGCCUAAUGCAUUCUUCACCAUACUUGGAUUAGACUUUGAAGUGAAGGUACUCAAGACCAAUUACAGGUAAAUGUAUAUAAGGUUAUAAAGGCUACCUGUCCAACUGGCAUUUGUUUUCUGUGGACAUUUCUUAAAUCUGUUCCUUAUAAAACAUCAGAAAAAAAAGCACAGUGUUCAAGAAUGCCAAGUGAUUAAUGUUUAAUUUCCCAUGAGCAUCUUGUCAGCCUGUUCUGUAGCCCUUCUUUUUAAGGCUGAAAGCUUGCACUGUGUGAGAUUGACAAACGCUAUCUGCCUUUUUUCCAGUUCAUCCCUUUAAUGGCAAUUUUCGAAUGUUUAAACUAGGAUGCGAGAAUGUGAACUGUUCUAUUUUUGUACUUUGUCGGUGCCAAUGUUGUUUCGGUCUUUGACAAAAGUCCCUUAUUUUAAUAAAGCUGGAGAGAUUCUAAAUUGUGAA